AUGUCUUCAGAAGACGGCACUGAUUUAGAAGCUAGAAUCAGUUCAUUAACUACUGCUGAUUGUAAUCAAGAAAAUAUAUUCAUUAUAUGCUACAACUUUAAUAAUGCUGACAAAAUUAAGGAAGAUCUUUUGGCUGUCGAUAAAGCCGUUACUUUCUGUACUGAUAUAGAUUUAUGUGUUGAAGAAAUUAAAUCAAAAAAGAAGGAAAAGAUUUUUCUUAUCAUAUCAGCUACAGAUGCAUGCAAAAUUCUUCCCGAGAUUGCCACUCUGUCUCAAUUAAAUUCCGUUUUUAUUUGGCCAGAAAAUCAAGAUGAAUGUAAACGUUUAAUUGAUGAUUAUUGUGAAGUACGUAUUUGUAACAAUUCGAACGACGUUAUAAAAUCAAUAAAUGAAAAAAUCAAGUGCAUCGGCAAGCCGUUGGAAUGCGUUUCAUUUUAUGACCAACAUCAAAAAAGCACUCGUAUUCUACCGACACAGUCAGGAGAACAUCUGUGGUUUCAAUUAUUUCAUGAAGUUAUCGGGCAUUUACCACAUGAUAAUGAAGCAAAAAAAGAAAUGUUAAGUGUUUGUCGAGAAUACUAUCGAAAUAAUCCUCGAUACCUUAACGAUAUUGACAAAUUCGAUGAAAACUAUGACACUAAUGAAUGUAUUCGGUGGUACACAAAGAACACAUUUGUAUACAGAAUGAUCAACAAAGCCCUACGAACAGAAGAUAUCGAACAACUUUAUCGAUUUCGUUUCUAUAUUGCUGAUCUUUCAAAACAUCUUGCACAAGAAUAUAAGAAGAUGAAGAAUCGAAAUAUAGAGAAAAUGGUACUAUAUCACGGUGCAUCUUUAAAGAAAGAAGAAUUAGAGAUUCUAAAAUUGAUGAAAGGAAAAAUUUUUGCAACUAAUGGCUAUUGGUCUACGAGUCUUGAUCGUUCGUGCGCAGUUGAAUUUUCUCAAAGUGAUCCCGAUGCUAUACCGGUCUUAUUUGAAAUCAAAUGGAAUUUACAUGAUUGCAACGAUUCGAUUAUUUUCGCUGAUAUAUCUCAUUUAAGUGAAUUCGAUGAAAAAGAACAUUUAGUUGAUGCAGAUUCAAUUUUCCAAAUUGAAAAAAUUGAGGAAGAAAUAGUCGAUAACGUCAAGUUAGAUGUAUUUUACCUGAAAGCAAGUGGAGAAGGACAAGAACUUGCCAAACAAUAUAUAGAGGAAUACAGACAGGAAAUGAAGUAUGAAAGUCCGAGAAUAAUGCUUGGAAUAUUGUUAAAAAGAAUAGGGAAAUUUGACCAGUCGUUAGACUAUUUUAAGGAACUUUUGAAAAAUCCAGGGAAAGAGAAACUAUCUCGUAUUCAUCAUCGAAUUGGUAUUGCUUUGACACAUCGAGAUGAAUGUCCUCUAGCUUUAGAACAUUUAAAGAAAGCAUAUGAUCUGAGUUUGGAGGUAGAUCAAUCAGAUGAAAUAAAUCUAGCUCGUUUAUAUCAUGAUAAAGGUUUAGUUUUUAAGACGCAAGGAAAGUUUUCCCAAGCUCUACAGUGGCACUGGAAAGCCAUACACAUCAUCGGAGAAACUCAUAUUCUCAAGAAUCGUCUCAGUGCAGAUAUAUACAGUAGUAUUGGACAUUAUUAUUUAUGUAAAAAAGAUUAUGUAGAAGCGGACUGCUGUUAUCAAAAGGCAUUAGAAAUAAGACAAUCAUGUUUACCUCUUAAUCAUGCUCACCAUGCUUUCAGUUAUAUUAAUUUAUCUAAAAAGUAUAACUCGGAAGGAAACUAUAAGAAAGCGCUUGACUAUAAUCUUAGAGCAUUGGAACUGCGACAAAAAUGUUUGUUACCCGAUCAUCUUAAUAUUGCUUCGAGUCUGCAUCACGUAGGUAAAAUGUAUUAUAAAAACAAGGAUUCAGACAAGGCAUUGGAUUAUUAUUGGAAAUCACUUGAAAUGACAAAAAAAUGUUUACCGCCUCCACAACAGCGUACGGUUCCUGGCAUUCUGGAAGACAUCGCAUCCAUCUACGAAGAUGAUCCCAAGCAAUCACUGGAAUAUCGAUUAGAAGCACUGGCUGUUCUAAAGACUCUCAAGUCUAUUAACUAUGAAUAUCUAGUUCGUACUAUCGAUAAGAUUGCCUGCACAUACAAACGUAUGAAUAAUAUGGAAGAUUCUCUCAAAUAUUAUGAAGAGGCUAUAUGCAUACGCGAAAAAGAAUUACCCAGAGAUAAAUUCCAUUUAGCAGAAAAUCUCGAUAAUUUAGCUUUCGUAUACGAACGAAUGCGUAAGCCAAUACAAGCAUUAGAUUGCUAUAACAAAAUAAUGACUAUGUGCACCGAGUCUUACCAUUCUUAUCAUCGGCUUUGUAUAAAAACCAUUAAAAAUAUCAAACGAAUCAAACAAAAAAUGAAGAAGAUAUAG